CUCAUAACUCGCUCGGCAGAAUUAUGAAUGGAGGGUCGUGCGGCACCCCCUCACGGGCUUGAUAUUACAUCCAUCUACCUGCCGUCUCAGUACAAUACAUACCUCUCGGUACGGCCCUCUCUUGCCGCCCUCGGCGAAGCUAAGCUUUUUCACUCAUCUCUUCACACGCUUCUAUUUUCCUACACAUCAUGGAAAAAUACAGCCCAACCGAGCCCUUGCACCAGCGUCUGCUGAACCAAGACGCUUCUGACGAUGGUGAGAGCAGUAACAGCAACUUUGGCUUCGCCAUGCCUCGACCUGCGUCUUUCUGGAGCAGGCUGAGGAACAACAUCACUGGUUUCAUUUCCUGUUUGUUGCUGUGUUAUAUUGCUGUCGUCUCAACCAUCAACCUGGCAACAAAAAGCAACAACGGUAGUUCCUCUCACCACACUGGACAAGAAUCCCUCAGUAGCAUGUUUCCAGCACUACCUGACCUGAACAUCGAGUACCAGAAGCGGGUUGAAUGGGUCGACCCCAGACCUCACCCCUUCAACCUGCCCGUCUCGGACGCGCUCGACACAGCCUGGGAGGACCUCCUGUACAGCCUAAACGUUCGGGUCCGCCCUCAUGAGAUGAACCUCAUCAACGAAACAAUGGUCAACCGCGCCCGCGUCACGGGUGACGGGUACGCCGCGGCCAUGGGUAUCUGGCACGAGCUCCACUGCCUCAACAACCUGCGUAAACUGCUCCAUUGGGACUAUUAUGGACCCAAGUAUGGCGGCAAGGAGAACCCUGAAGCGUUCGGGAAGGGGCAUUCAGACCACUGCAUCGACAUGAUUCGUCAAUCUCUCAUGUGCAGGCCCGAUACCUCGCUCUACCCCUUCCACUGGGGACCAGAUGGAAUCCCCAGCAACCACGUCAAGGCCAAGACCCCCAAGACGUGUGUCAGGUGGGACAGCCUGGAGAACUGGGCGCAAAAGAGGGCAUUGAGGCCGGGCGAGUAUUCCUACGUCAGAGACCACUCUGCCCAUCAACAGGCAAAGAUGAAGGGUGAGGAGAAGAAGGCCAAGUCUUCGUGAGGAAUUGAAGGGUGACAGAAGAUUCCAAUAUGUAUAAUAACUACUAUUUCUUUACUUGCAGCUGCGGUAACUUGUGGUGAUGGGACGAGCUAUAUGAAACUGGCUUUGGUGCGUUGCUUGCAGUAAGGCCUUUGGGAUGUAGUCAGGUUACGAGCCAAGCGUACUACCAGUUGACUGGAUUAGGGCUGCAUCUUUAUUGUCUUGCUUUCUCUCAAAUUGCCAUAGUAUGACAAACAGGUUAUGUACAGAGAAGGCUCGGGGUGACCUAAGACAAGUACUCCGUGGGCAAGCAUAUUGGACAAAAGCGUCUUCAGAGCAAAUUGUAUCUUUGUAACGUAUUAUGCACGAGCCCAUAUGGGAAUAUGGGAACUUGUAUACAAAAGAGGCCACGCAGUCUAUCUCUAUCUUAUAAAGCGCUGUGGCAAAGGUCCAUUUCCCCUAUAAUAUCACUGCGAAAACGUCUGAUGACAUAAAGCAAAAUAAUUCCGGA